UUUGCUAGGAUUCAGGAACAAAAGAAAAAACAAAAAAACAAAGAGACUUGAAAGGGUAAAGAGUGGGCGGGAAGCAAAACCCUUUCCAUUUUCUUCUCGUACUGCUUUUGUGCUCUCUUUGAUUCACCGAUACAGAAACAAAGUAAUGGGUAUAAAGGGUUUAACAAAGCUCUUAGCGGACAAUGCUCCAAAGGCCAUGAAGGAGCAGAAAUUCGAGAGCUAUUUUGGCCGCAAAAUCGCUAUCGACGCCAGCAUGAGCAUUUACCAGUUCCUCAUUGUUGUGGGAAGGAGUGGGACUGAGAUGCUGACCAAUGAGGCUGGUGAAGUUACUAGUCAUCUGCAAGGCAUGUUUACGCGGACCAUUAGGCUUCUGGAAGCUGGAAUGAAGCCGGUCUAUGUUUUUGAUGGGAAGCCUCCAGAUCUAAAAAGACAAGAGCUGGCAAAACGUUACUCGAAGAGGGCAGAUGCUAGUGAGGACUUGGCAGAAGCCGUGGAGACUGGCAAUAAGGAAGACAUUGAGAAAUUCAGUAAACGGACUGUGAAGGUGACAAAGCAGCACAAUGAGGAUUGCAAAAGACUUCUGAGACUAAUGGGAGUGCCUGUAAUUGAGGCUCCUUCAGAAGCAGAGGCUCAAUGUGCUGCACUUUGCAAAUCAGGAAAUGCCUAUGCUGUGGCUUCUGAAGACAUGGAUUCCCUAACAUUUGGAGCUCCUAGGUUUCUUCGCCAUUUGAUGGAUCCUAGCUCAAGAAAAGUCCCAGUUAUGGAAUUUGAAGUUGCAAAGAUUUUGGAGGAGCUAAAUCUUACUAUGGAUCAAUUCAUUGAUUUAUGUAUUCUUUCUGGAUGUGAUUACUGUGACAGCAUUCGAGGAAUUGGGGGGCAGACUGCUUUGAAACUCAUACGUCAACAUGGCUCUAUAGAGAAUAUACUGGAGAACAUAAACAAAGAGAGGUACCAGAUACCAGAUGAUUGGCCAUAUCAAGAGGCUCGGCAGCUUUUUAAAGAACCAGUAGUCUAUACUGAUGAAGAGCAACUUGAUAUUAAGUGGACUGCUCCAGAUGAAGAAGGGCUGAUUACGUUUCUAGUCAAUGAAAAUGGGUUCAACAGUGACAGAGUGACUAAGGCAGUAGAAAAAAUUAAAGCAGCCAAGAACAAGUCAUCACAGGGCCGAUUAGAGUCUUUCUUUAAGCCAGUUGCUACUUCAUCUGGGCCCAUUAAACGGAAGGAAAGCAAAUGCGUACUUAGAUCACCCAGAUCAGCAAUUGGGCAUAAGAUGUUUUCUCUUCAAGCUUGUAGGCCCACGCCCAAGGUCCUUUGCAGCCUGAGCUUGCCAAUCCCAGAUCCAGGGGUCAAGCACUCCACGUCAUUAUGCAUUGGUUUCUGCUUCGGCGCAUGAAGUUCAAAACUCUGGAAACACCAGGGAAUACUGCUAAAGAAACUACUGACAAAAAGUCAAAGGCCGGUGGUGGUAAGAAGAGAAAGUAGUUGAAUUAGCAUUUCAAUCUCAAAAUAUACUGAUGGAGCCAACUAAACUAUGAUUAGGUUAGAAACUUGAAAUGAAUGAUGUAUGCUUGUUUAUUUGUUAUUUUCUCUAAUGCCAUUAUCCUUACAACUGAUGUA